AUGGGUUCUCUCUCUCCCUCUGCUCCCCUCUUCGAACCUCUUCGCCUCGGGGCGUUGACUCUCCAGCAUCGUGUCAUCCAAGCUCCUUGCACUCGUAUGAGAGCAACCAAAGAAUCCGAUGGCGUCUUUGUUCCCAACGACCUCAAUGUUGAAUAUUACUCCCAGCGUGCUUCUGCGGGUAGUUUGAUGCUUACCGAAGCCACUCCCAUCAGUCGAUAUGCUGCUGGUUAUCCAGGCGUCCCUGGAAUCUUCACGCCCUCGCAGAUAGCCGGCUGGAAAAAGGUCACCGAUGCUAUUCACGCCAAAGGAGCGUUUAUGUUUUGCCAGCUCUGGCAUGUUGGGCGUGCCACCGUUCCUUCGUUCAUUGAUGGAAAGCAGUCUGUCAGUGCGAGUGAUAUCCCCAUUUCUGGUAGUGCGCUGGAUGGAACGGAGUAUGCUGCUUCUCCUCCCAAGGCCAUGACGAUUGAGGAUAUCCAGGAGACUGUGAAGGAAUACGCAGCCGCUGCUCUGCGGGCUAGAGAGGCUGGGUUUGAUGGUGUUGAGAUUCAUGGUGCAAAUGGAUAUCUCCUCGACCAAUUCCUCCACGAUAACGUCAACAACCGCACCGAUGAAUACGGCGGCUCGAUCGAGAAGCGCUCUCGAAUUAUCCUCGAAGUCAUCCAAGCUGUCAGUGCUGUUAUCGGCGCAGAUCGCGUGGGAAUCCGACUCUCCCCAUACAACUACUUCCAGGAUACGCGCGACUCGAGCCCGAAUGCAAACUGGCUCGUUCUGAGCUCGUUGAUCGCUGGACUACCAGAAAAAUCCCGACCGGCAUAUGUGCACAUGAUCGAGCCCAGAUUCGACGAGAUCCUGGAUGAAAGCGCAAAGAUGGACUCGCUGGAUGGAUCGACAGUGAAGCCAUCGCUGGACGUCUUCAGACCGACCUUGAAGAAGAGCGGCAUCGCCUUCCUGGCCGCAGGAAACUUCAACCCUGAGAAUGCAGGAGCCAAGGUGAUGAAAGACGGCGCUGAUGCGGUUGUCUUUGGACGAUACUUUAUCUCCAACCCUGAUCUGCCGUAUAGAUUGAGAGAAGGAUUGUCGUUGACUCCGUACGACCGGACGACCUUUUACGGCGCUGACCCGCCCGAGAAGGGAUAUGUGGAUUAUCCAUUUUACAAAUAG